GUCUCCUCUCGUUCUUGAGCUAUUAGCUUAUCUAUUUGAACCAAACGUAUGGAAACAAUUCUACAUACUCACACCGAUCCAAUAAACUAGUGAGAGUUGAGAGAAUAAUGUUUAAUAAUCGACAAUCUCGCCGGAGGUUUCGGCUCGGAAACUUAGCUAGACUUGUCCAGUUACGUCAAAACGUCAGCCAACAACCACCGCCACCACGAAUGACUCUUCAAGAAACAUUGUCUCAAUCGCCACCUCAGUCACCGCCACUAUCACCUUCAUUUCAGCUGCCUCCAACUCAGUUUUCAUCUCCGACAACAUCAACAGCUCCUUAUAUCGAAUCCCGUCAAAAUAGCGGCGGCUCUCCACCACGAGCAAAGUCAUCACCAUUGUCGCCGUUAUCACCAAAAUCAAAGGAAGAGCCUCAAUCGCAACCAAUACCACCACUGAUGUCAAAACAUGUCGAAACACAUCGGAGUCUACUUAUCCACUCACCACCCAAGUCGCCGCUAAUACCGCCACUGAUGUCCAAACAUGUCAAAACACAUCGAAAUCUACUUAUCGAAUCACCACCUAACUCCCCACAAGAAUACACUGAGUCUCAGCUGCAAUCUCUAGCCUUGGUGCCUCCUACACCAACAACACCACAAGCAAAAACGCCAUUGUCUCCUCGAUCACCUCCGUCGCAAGCAUCACCACCAUCAUUGUCAGAACCAGAAUCUCAGAUGCCUUUACCACCACCCGAAGCCAAAUCCCCACCUUCUUCACCUUUAACGCUUGACACUAAUGAAGAAUUCAAUUCCAAAACAUCUCCACCGUCUACAUCCAUUAAUGAAACUCGAUUACGACCAUCGCCUCCAACACUAUCAGAAACAUCACAAGCAGCCAUGACUCUUCCACCAUCUUCACCGUCAACGUUAAACGCUAAUGAAGAAUUCCAAUCCCAACCCACUCCACUCCCGUCUAAAUCCACUGAUGAAAAUAUUUCCCAAUCACAGUCAAUUUCGCCGCCACCACCACCGGCAUUAUCAGAAUCUCAUCCGCCUUUACCAGACGCCAAAACACGACCGUCUUCGCCGUCAACAACAAACACCAACGAAAAUUUUGAAUCAUCGCUUCUAACAUCUAAAUCCAUCAACGAAACUCGGUUCCGAUUAUCGCCUCAGUCGGAAGCACCGCCACCACCACCGUCCGGGAAAGGUGAUACUCAACCGCCUUCAUCACCAUCAAAAGCCAAAAAUCCACCGUCUCGACCGCCAACGCUAAACGCUGUUGAAAAACCCCAACCGCUUACACCGUCUAAAUCUAUCAAUGAAACACGGUUUCGAUCACCGCCUCCGUCAGAAGCAUCGCCACCGUCAUUAUCAAAAUCUAGCGAAUCUCAGCCACCUUUACCAUCAUCACCAAAAGCCAAAACAUCACCGCCUCCACCAUCAACCCUAAACGCUAACGAAGAACCCCAAUCCCAACCGCCUCCACUAUCUAAAUCCAAUAAUAAAACAAGGCCUCUAUCACCGCCUCCGUCAUUAUUAGAAUCUGGUAAAUCUCAACCGUUUUUGCCACCACCGGAAACUAUCAAUGCACCGUCCCCGCCGUCCCAACCACCGCCGCUUUUGCCGUCUAAAUCCAUUAAUCAAACACUUUUCGGGUCAUCGCCUCUGUCGGAAGCAUUGUCAAAAUCCGGUGAAUCUCAACCAUCUGUACCACUUCCAGAAGUCAAAACUCCACCGUCAAUGCCAAAAGUUAAUAAAGAGUUCCAAUCCCAAACGUCUCCGCCGUCUAAAUCUGUUGCUGAAACUCAAGUCCGAUCAUCGCCACCACCGUCGUUAUUAAAAUCUGAUGAAUCUCAAUCCCAAACGUCUCCAUUUUCAACGCGAAUUGAAGAACCUCAAUCCCAACCGCCUCCACCGCUUCUGCCAUCUAAAUCUAUUGAUAAAAGUCUGUUCAAAUCACCAAUUUUGCCUAAAACAUCGCCACCAUCGUCAUCAGAUUCUGUUGAAUCCCAGUCGUCUUUACCACCAUCGAAAGCCAAAAAUCUACCGUCUUCGCCGUCAAAAGCCAAAAUCCCACCGUCUCUGCCGUCAACACUAAGCGAAACUGAAAAAUCGCAAUACCAGUCGCCUCCACCGUUUCUGCCAUCUAAAUCAAUUGAUGGUACUCCGUCCCAAUCACCACCACCAUCAAAAUAUACUGAAAACCCUAAAUUAACACCGCCACCAUUGUUGUCCUCGAAAGCUGCUGAAAACCUCAGAUCUCAAUCGCAGAUGAAAACACAAAUCCCCUCUCCUUCCACUUCUCCAGCCACGAUCAUCGCACCACCACCUCCUCCGAAAUCGCCGCCGCCAGUUUCAACCUCAAUCAAAUCCCAGAUAAUUUCGUCACCUAAACCAUCAUUACUCCAAACUGAACCUAAUAAGUCAAUUGAAUCUCACACUUCACCAUUUCACAACAAGGAUCUAAACCACAACUCAGACAAAACGGACGUUAAGCUCAUGAAGAAUAGAAACAGGGGAAAGGCAAUCUGGUCAGAUAAAAGAACAGAGCCAAUGAUUAUGAUGUUCAUUAACAGUAACGUCCAAGGACUCAACACGUCACUAUCGCUUGAUUCAUCAUCCAUCGAUCAUGAACCAGGCGUCCACUUAACCAUCGAUUCUGGUCAUAGUUGUGAUUUCUCUUCAAAAGUGUUUUAGUGUUGUAACUUGUCUCACACGUGUAUGUGUAUGCAAAUCUAUAUAUGAUAUGAGUUAUUAAUGUACCGGGUCUCUUCCAAAAAAACAAAAACAAAAAACCAUGUGUAACAAAAGUUUGGCGCCAUUACAAAAAUGGGCCUUAUGGUUAAACUUAAGGCUAAGUUGAUUUA